AUGCUGGUGGUGAUGCUGAACAUGACCAGGUUGACCGUGCGGGCCGGCAUUGCCAACUCGCACGCCAAGUUCGGAUGGCAGACGUUCACGGACGAGGUCAUCAAGGUGUUGAACAGGGAGUGCGAGGGAGUGGUGUACCUGCUGUGGGGCGAGUACGCGCAGAAGAAGGGCCGCCUCGUCGACGAGUCCCGCCACCGCGUGCUCCGCGGGCCGCACCCGUCCCCUCUGGCUCGCGGGUUCGAGGGCUGCAACCACUUCGUUCAGUGCAAUGAGCUUCUGCGCCAGCUGGGCAAGACUCCCAUCGACUGGUCCCUGUCGCCCUGA